AUGGCUCGCAUCACCUCGUACCGAACUCUCGCGGCGCUCGCUGUUAUUGUUGCUACGGCCUCACCCGCCAGGGCCAACAUCAUCGACGACGCCACCGACGCGGCUGAAGACGCCGCCAACGCGAUCGCCAGUGCUGCCAAGGACGCUGCCGACGCAGCCGGAAGCUGGAUCGACAACGCUGCCAGCAACGUCCAGGAAUUCUACCACGACGCCGCCAGUGCUGCGGAAGACGCCUACGAGGCCGCGGCCAGCGCGGCCAAGGAAGCGUGCAACAAGUUCAAUGCUGAGCACAGCGCGUCGCUCGACUGCACCGAGUCCACGGCGAGCGCAGCUGCCGAUGCUGCUGCCAGUGCCGCCGAGGAAGCCUGCGCGGGUUACAACAACGCCACCGACAGCUCGCUCGACUGCGCGCAAGCGGCCGCCAGCGCCGCAUUAGAGGCUUGCUACAGCUACAACAACGCCACCGACAGCUCGUACGACUGCUCCACGAUCAAUGCGUCCUCCCCGACCACGAACUCGACGAACAGCCCUGCCAGCAGCACAACCUCGAGCACGACGAACGCGCCGGCAACAAGCGCGGCCAGCAGCUCUGCUGACGGAAUCUCGACCACGUCCUCGGCCCCCACGCUCGCUACGCCCGGCUUCUCGGCUGCGUGCGUCACUGCGAUCACGCUCGUGGGGCUGCUCGCGAACUUUGUGUAG